AUGAACAACAGUUUGAUUGGUGAAAUAUUUUCUGAGGGGGUGAAGUUUUUGGACGAAGAAGGGAACUUCUUGAAGGUGGCACAGAUGCAGCACAUGUCCAUCUACACGAUUUUCAUUACGCACGGCAUCAUCGACAUCCUCAUGUCCUACCGCCUGCCACUCUUCAAGGGGGCAGAUUACAUCAGCGCCUCCCUCGCUUUUUUCUGGUUUGGAUAUUCAUUCUCUUUUCACGCACACAUGCACGACAAAGCAAUGCUGGAGACAGCCAUCCACGUCCUCCCCAUCCCCAUCAUGUACAUCGUCAGUCUCCUCGCUCUCGUUGAAAUGCUCUUUCCAUGCUUCAUCCAGAUAUCAGUGCUGAGGUGCAUUGCAGUGAUGUUGCUUGGUACCUGGCUCAUCCAAGCUUCCUUCGUCAUGUACUUGCCAUACCCAUUACCUGGCAGUUCAUUAAACCCCCGUUGGAACCAGCUGGACGAUCGCAACGUACAUGCCAUCGUCGCCUCAUUCGGCUUCCACAUCAUCCUCUCUAUCGUCAUCACCAUCCUCAUUUAUGCCGCGGUGUACUCCUAUCUGAAAGUAAAAAACAAACUGCCCUACGCCUUCCAGCCAAUCAGAAACGUGGAUGAUAAUGACGUCACCGGCAAUAAUGGAUGUGUUACCGCAAGCCAAUCUAAGAGUUUGUUAGAUGAUGAUGAUGUCGUUUGACGGAUCGUGAAGGCAUGUGGGAUGAUGAUGAUGUCAUUUGACGGGUCGUGGCGAUGAUGAUGAUGAUGUUUCUGAUAAAUACGAUGUUCAUGACAACAUUUACAAGAUGGAUGAUGAUAAUUACAGUGAGAAUUAUGAUAAUUGACAACAAUAAUCUUCGCAUAAACGUCUGAGGCUUUUUAGCAAACUUUAAACUUCAAUUCUUAUUUUUAUCAUUCGAACGAAGUCUGAACUCGAAUAAAUGAUCCAUUUUUUUAGGGAUAUAAUUAUUUAUUCGUUCAGACGCUAUAUUUUUUAAAUGAUUGCUAUAGAUGUUAAAUGGUGAUUUUUAAAUGAACGGAAGUCUGUUAUUGAUCAACUAACACCGUUUUAACGACAUAUUGAUUAGCAAGCAACGUUUCAACAACACUCAAAAUUGUUUCGACCUGGUUUUAACGGGAUUACGUACAUUACACAUGCUCGUUUUAUUGUGGUUUGCUUGUCUGAGAUUGAUUUAAAAAGUAAGGAAUAAAUUUGUUGUUAAACUUUUAAAAUUAUAAAAAAUAUCUCAAAAUAUAUAACUCUACAAAACAGGUUU